GCUAGUGGCCCCGAUGGCCUCCCCGGCGAAGCCUUCAAAGCCCUACCUGCGUCCCUCUCCUCUUUGGUCCUGCCCUUAGUCCUCAAAUUGGGUCUCUUGGGCGAAGAGGGUGCCGGCUUGAAAGGUGGGCGCAAAGGGGCAUCGGCGGUCUUUGGGAGCCAUCUGACCCGGGCUUUCGUACAGUGGUGCUCGGUACAUAAACAGCCCGCAUGCAUCCUGUACGCAGACGUUGCUUCUGCCUAUUAUAAUUCCGUGCGUGAUAUCACAGCCCAACGCCUGGAUGUGGACGGGCGCCCUGUUGACUCUCUCGCCGUGGCAAAUCUUCCUGCUGAUGUCAAUGUGGCGGACGCACUAGCAUCAGGAAGUGCCUUUCGCUCCAAUGGGGCGUCACCCUGGCUCGAAUCACUGGCCGCCGAAAUGCACCGCGGGUCUUGGUUUGCGUUGCGCGGUGACCACAUUCCUGUGGUCACCCACCGUGGCUCGAGGCCUGGAUCAUCGCUCGCUGACAUUAUGUACAGCGCCGGAGUCGGCUGCAUCCUUGCGAAGCGUGAUGCCCUUCGCACUGCUGAUCCCACUGCGGGCCGAGUUCCCCGCAUCCCGUGGGACGGCCGACGGGACAUUUCUCCCGCUGAUGCUCCUACGCAAUGGCCAAGCCUGAGUGAGGUUAUCUGGGCGGAUGACCUUGCCGAGUUUUUCCUGUUGUCCGACUCAGCCCGUGCCGCACACCAGGUUGGACUAGAGGCCUCCUUUUUGGACGAGGCCUUUGGUAGCCACGGGUACACUUUGACCUACGGCACCUCUAAGACCGCUGCCAUGGUUCUGCUCGGCGGCCGUGGGUCCAAGGCUGCUAAGCGGGCCCUUUUCGGGCGCGCUGGUGUGAUCACGGUUGUGCGAGAGCACCACCCUGCGGCCUCCCUUCCUUUGGUGGCUCAAUAUAAGCACCUUGGGGUUAUGGUCGGUACGUCUUUCCUUACCGAGCUUCGAGCCAGGUGUGCCUCCGCGUGGGCUGCUUUUCGUCAAGGGCGUGUGCGGGCCUACCGGUGUCGUCGUAUUUCUGUUGCCCGAAGGGGAGCACUCCUUCGUGCCAUGGUGCUCCCGAGACUCCUCUUCGGGGCUGGUGCGUGGCCAUCCUUGCGACAAGGAGAGCGCACUUUAUUCCACAGAACCCUUGUCUCCAUGUAUCGGCAGACCCUGUGUAUCCCUCGGACCGAAGAUCAACACAUCACAGGGGCCACUAUGUGCGCUCUUCUACACCUGCCAGACCCCACUACGGUGCUCCGUGUCGAGCGCCUUCGCUAUUUGCGCCAGAUGGUUCAAGCCGCGCCUGACGCAUUGUGGGCCCUCGUGAGUUACUUCGGCUUACCUCUCAUGCUGCCCUUCAAGCUUGUCAUCGCUUUCUCUCUCAUUUCUGCCUUGAAGGUGCACGGGUACCGUACCCGUGCUACCGAGACGACCCGGGGAUGCCAGCAGGAGCCCGAUUGCCAUCCUGGACUUUUGGCUGCACUCCUGGAGCUAGAUGCCGGGGACGAGUCAGUCGCCUGGGAAGCUGUGGCCGAUUUUAUCGCCCCCCUUGAACACCUACGGUGCACAGUCCGUGCCUGGCGCGCCCACGCCAAUGCACAGUCUUUCGCCCCAGAGGUGGCUACCAACCUUCUGCUGCUUCUCGAUCCCGAUCUAUGCUGCGACUCUUUUCCGCAGCCACGCCCCAGGCCAGCUGUUGUGGACUUUUUGGCCCCUUUCCCCCCGCUGCGGGGCUUGGCCUUGCCCGUCGCUCAAACCGGUGCUCCGUCCUUUUGGGACAUCGACCCUCCACCUUUGCCUAGCUUCGUGUAUCCCUUCGACAGCAGUGCUCCUUUGGCCGCUGCCUCUCGUCACGUUGCUUGGCUGGAGGCGACCACUGAUGUCGUCCUCCAAGCGGUACAGAUGUCCCUCGAGCACCCUGUUAGCAUUCGGGCACCACCUGCUGCGCUCCGUUGUCUCGAGCCAUUGUCUUCAUGGCUGCGAGACGGGGGCCUUCCUUUUGACGGCUGA